GGAAUUUUUAUUUCACGCGUUUCGAUAGUAUAGCGUGAAAUAUUUGUCUUACGCGAAACGAGACUGUUUUACAGUAAUAAAAUGAUUGGUCAGUCUUGCACGAGGAUCUCAAACGUAUGAUUAUGUUGUGUAGAGUUCAUUCUACCAGGCGUCUUCAGUCAGUGCGGACAGGUUUUAUUGUCUUCUCUUAAUACACAGUUCGUUUUACACGUGGUCGUGCAGCCAUGGCGAGUCAAGAGAAUGACAUUCUUUCUCAUUUGGAGGACAUUAUUUCAAGGAAAUUUGAGAGUUUGGAAAGACGAAUGAGCGAAAAUCAACAGUUGUCGCAAGCCCAGUUAAAUUAUAUUCAAGAAAAUUUGUCCAGGAACGAGAAUUACACGUUUCGUAAGAAGGGUAACGAGGAGCAGUACAAGAUCAACAACCAAGUUUUGAACAAAUUAAGAGAGGCAGAAGGAUUUUUGCAAGAAUCCGUCAGGUUGCAGCCCACCGAGUCUGUGGUAGCCGCGAAUAAGAAGAUUGCAGAAGGUACGGACAUUCUAUUGCAUAGACAGAAGCUCAUAAGAUUAGCAGACUCAUCAGAUAGCGGAUGGAGAGUAGUGCAUGAGUAUGAAGCACAUCCAUUAGCAGAGGACUCCGAUGACGAAAAGAAAAUCUACAGAGCCCAGCAGAAGGCAGACCGGAAGUUGCGCCAAGAGCAUCGGAACCGCGCACGUCGUUUCUCUCCAUACGUUCUUCCGGUCAAAGGCGAUGGCAAUGUAGCAUCGGCAUCGAAUCAGUCAACGGCAGCUUCGCAGACUAGACGGCCCGGAACGUGUUUCCGGUGUGGGCGUACAGGACAUUGGCGAGCAGAGUGCAAGGCUGUAGUCCCAGACGGUGGAGCCGUUGUUUUGAAAGAUAACAAGAUAAGUAACCAUGUUUAUUGUAGUGUGGUUGAGAAAAAAGUAGAAUUCGAUUGCAAAAUAUCAGUAAAAACGCCUGUAGGUAGGCUUUAUUCUUGUUACGAGUAUUGGAAAAACGCAAAUGCAAGCGAGUACAUAUUAGAUGUUGUGAAUAAUGGAUACAAGUUGCCUUUUAGAGAUGUACCACGGUCUGUUAUUUUAACAAAUAACAAAUCUGCUAAUGAUAAUUGUUCAUUUGUGUCGAGCGAAAUUGAAAGUUUAUUGGCUAAGGGCUGUAUUUCUCAAGUGAACAAACCUCCAGUCGUUGUUAAUCCUUUGACUGUGGCUUAUGGAAAAAGCGGAAAACCGAGACUUGUUUUAGAUUGUCGUUAUAUAAAUCCAGAAUUAUUUAAAUACAAGGUCUAUUUCGAGGAUCAAUCAGUUGCUAAACAAAUCUUUUGUAAAGGAGACUAUUUAUUUUCAUUUGAUAUUAGAUCCGCUUAUCAUCAUAUAAUGAUUUUUCCAGAACAUAGACAAUUUUUAGGUUUUUGCUGGGAAACCGAAAACGGAAAAGGGUACGUGCCGGGGGCGCAACAUGCGCGGCGAACGCGGGAGUUAAUGACCGUUGUUGGAAACGGCAUGGUCGCUGGAAGAGCGAAAAUAGAGAAACUGAAGUGUAGCAAAGACUCGGCUUUCCAGCGCCGAUGGACAGCAAAGUCAACGAAUACCCACGCAAACACAGAUCGAUCUGCAACACGUGUUAAUUCCUGAACUCCGCAAACUGUUCACAAAAACACGG